UGUGACGGUAAAAUUAGAAAGAAAAAGCCCUUCCUGUGCACACUUUGUAGGGCAAAGAUGGGCUUCGACUUAAAGAUGUUCCUGGGAUGGGGAUUUGUCGUUUUCCUGCUUCUGGCAAGUUCAUCCUCGUCUGGAGCUGAGGCUUCCAGCCACUGCUAUGGAAUACCAGGCCUACCCGGUGUGCCAGGUGCUUCUGGAAAAGAUGGCAGAGAUGGCCAGAAAGGAGCCAAGGGAGAACCAGGCAAACCAGCUGUUCGUGGAAGCCAAGGUCCCCAGGGAGAGCCGGGAGAGCCCGGUCUGCCAGGGAUACCUGGGAAAAAUGGGCCCAGAGGUCCCCCAGGUGAGCCUGGGGAUCCUGGCCCCAAGGGGGUGAUGGGCGAACCAGGGGAGACCGGCAACUACAAGCGGAACCAUCAGUCAGCCUUCACGGUGAUGCGCCAAACGAGCCAGUACCCCGAGAAGAAUACCCCCGUGAUCUUUAACAAAGCCAUCACCAACACCAACCGAGACUACGACACCAGCACCGGCAAGUUCACCUGCCGCAUCUCCGGCCUCUACUAUUUCACCUUCCACACCUCUCACACGGCCAACCUCUGUGUGAACAUGUACCUCAACAGGGAGAAGGUGGCCAGCUUCUGCGACCACAUGGCCAACACCAAGCAAGUCAGUUCCGGCGGCGUCCUCCUGCAGAUGCUGGAGGGACACCAGGUGUGGUUGGCUGUCAACGACUACAAUGGCAUGGUGGGCAUUGCUGGGUCCGAUAGCGUCUUCUCGGGCUUUUUGCUCUUCCCAGACUAGGUGCUCAGUGAACAACUGGGCAUCCUUGCUGUCCACGCAUCCAAGCCCCUUGCGUAUCUAACCCCCUCCUCCAUUUCCACAAAAGGUUUCUAGCGGUUGUAAACGUUAUCAUUAAAACUGGUUUUGCUUUA